UGGAUGGACCUCAGCAAGCUGGUUUAUUAAUUGAUGGGUCCUCUUCUCAGAGCUCUAUUUGGUCUUCCCCCAAACAGGUGGACAAACUCAGGAGCCAGGGAGAUGGCGUGGAACUUUCUUCUGAUAUGGGGAAUAUUCACCUCACCCAUGGUAGCAGAUUAUGUAAGAGAAGAAGAAUGCCCACAUCCACCUCAAAUUGACUCUGCCUCUUAUGAAACACAAAUUUAUAUGACAGGCACAAAAUUAGACUGUUCCUGUAAACCUGGUUAUGAUAGGAAGGAAGGGACUCCCUUCUUUGUAGUGUGUGCAGCUAACUACGGGCAUCCUUCCUGGAGUGGAAAGUGUCAGUGUAAGAGUAAAUCCCCUCAGAGCCAUGAAGAAGAACAUGUCGCAAGUGUUCCUUCUAACCCUGGAAAACAGACAAACAGAAUGCAAACAAGUACAGAGAACAUACUUCACACUUAUAGCCUCACAAGUCACUGCCAGGAACCUGUACUCUGGAGCCAUGCUAGUGGAACAAAGAAUUAUCAGUUCAUGGUGGGACAGAAGCUUCAAUACCAGUGUCUUGAAACAGCUAUAUAUAGUGGUACUGCUGAGAGUACCUGCAUGAAAAUCAAUGGACAAAUAACAUGGACUAAACCCCAUCUAAAAUGCACUGUCACUACCACUGAAACAUCUGUACCAACUUCAUUUACUACAGAGCAUAAGACAGCAGCUUCCACUGAAACAUCAGUACCAACUUCAUUUACUACAGAGCAUAAUACAGAAGCUUCCACGGAAACAUCUGUACCAUCUUCGUUUACUACAGAAUAUAAGAUAGCAGCUGCUGUUUGUAUUUUCCUAAUAAGUUUUAUAAUCUUCCUGGUUUGGAUCACCUGGAGGAAAAGAUGGAGAAGGAGAUGGCAAAACUGGCCAUGAAAAAAACAAAAGAGAGAAGUAAGAAGCCAACAAUACCGUGGCAAGAAUUCCAUGCCUGACCAACCGUAGGACUCUUGUCUGCUUAGUGUGCUAGAGCCUUCCUUGUUUUCCCCUGACACUCCCCAAGGAGUAAUCACAUAAGCUAAACGGUCAUGUGUAAAACCAAUAUAUAAUGACACAGAAAAUCUUCCAGAAGUGUGAGGUACUGACUUAUUUGAUCUCCUAAAUAAAGAAAGAAGACACAGCACCCUGGUUAUAUCAAAAACAAAGAUCAAUGCCCAUCAGGACUGCUUUAUAGAACACAAUUGUGCUUGGUCCAUUUUGAGCCAAGUUGGUGAGCAUGGCCUAAUGGAUGGAGAGAGAGAAAAAAAAAUAGAGCUCUUUGCUAGGCUAAAAUAGUAACUUUCCUUUAGGUGUCAAAUUACCCACUGAUUCCAUUCAUUCAUUCAUUCAACAAAAUGUUUAUUAACCAAUUAUAAAUAAGACUUGCUCUCUACCUUAAAAGAGAUUUCUGUUUGGUUUUAGGGUGAGAGGGAAAGGACAUAAACAUGCACACACACACACACACACACACACACACACACACUAAUACUUAGUAAUCAUUCUCCAAUUUUAGUGCAUUCUCAAGGGGAUGGAAUAAUGAGUAACAUGACUGACCUUAGUUACCAGGCUUAGGGGCAAAUGAGAGGAGAAUGACCAUUUUUAAAUCACCUGCCUACCUGGAUCUACUGUUUAACUCCUAAUCCCUCAUCUCUAGACUACCUUUGAAACUUUUAGCACAAAUAAACUAC